AAGCAGCUCCAUAGCAACGGUGAAACAAAGAUGGCGUCCUCUGCAUCUUCUGGCUUCUUCUGUUUGUUUUUCUUGUUUUCUGCCGUCGCUACCGAAGAAAACACCACGAGUUUAGACUUAACCACCCCCGCGUCCUUUGACCAAAACGUUACAUUCGCCGUAACGGAAAAUUAUACGGUGUUUGAGACGACGACGACACCGAGCUCCGGCAGCACCGAGGAAGAGCCGCUUCUUCCCGCAGAGCCCCUGCCCGAGUCCGGCCGCCUGCUGACCCCCGUCACCGCCGUUGACAGGUUGUGUCCCUGUGAUGACCACACAGGUGUGUGCGACAUCAACUGCUGCUGCGACAGAGAGUGUAGUAAGGAGGUGGUGGCUCUGUUCACCAGCUGCUCCGUCCCUGCUGUCAGUGGCGGCAGGCAGCUGUGCAGCCGUGACGUGGCGUCCUACUCUUUAAGGAGCACAAUGAACGGCUACUCUGAGCUGCAGUCGUCUGUCCAGAAGGAGACCAGUUACAACCUCUUCUGUAUUCAGGCACAAAACCGUCUUGAUGGAUUGUCUCAUCCUCCGCCUGAGCUUCCAACUGACAGCAACUUUGAGUGGCUCUUCAAACAGUUCACCAGCUUCAUCUUUGGCUCAGACAGUGGUGCUCAGGUGUCACCUGGAGAGCUCCAGGCCUCACCUGGAUACCUGUAUGAGGAUGUGAUGCUGACAGUGGGAGAGAGUGGACAGAGAGGGAUGUUCUGGCUGCCGGCUGCUGGUCUCACAGCUGACUGUGUGGACAACAGUCCUGCAGCGUUCCUGAAGGAUCAGAGCAGUCAGUGUUCCAGACGUGUGGUUCUGGAUCAGGACUGCAGCUCUCUGCCGGCCCUCAGCAUCAACACCUACACCGACAUCCAGCUGUUUGCUGGGAAGCAAAUAGAUGCAGCCGUUGUUCCUGUGAAGGUGGCGUCCAUCAUCCUGCAGUCUACAGAUGAUACUCAGUCUGAGCUGCAGAUCAGCGCUGGAGAAAACCUGAGUCCGGUUCUGCUCAGGAACAGCCUCUGUGCUAAUGUGGUGCUGAAGGUCACCUAUGUGAUUAGGUACAACUCAGGUGGUGAGAUCGUGAAUGCAACGGUGACUCUGGUGCUCGGGUUUGUCAGCGACGACAUGCUGCCCCUGGAACAGGAGUUUCAGAUCACAUAUGUCCAGGAAGAUGGCGGCGACGUUGCUGUCCGCUACAGUGGAAAUCCAGGUUACGUCGUUGGACUGCCUCUGGUGUCUGGAACAAAAACAGCAGAUGGGAUUACCAGAAGCAUCGACCCCAGAGACACUCUGUCUCUGCUCCACAGUGCUGAGGACCAGGACUGUCUGCAGGAUCCACAGCAGCGCUCUCCCGUCCUGUUCGGUCUCAACUCUGUGUCCGGCUGCACAUUAAGGCUGGUGGAUGCUGAAAACUGCUCCCUGGUGUCCCAUCUGCUGCUGGAUGUUCUGAGAGGACCAAACUAUCCCCAAUACGUCGCUUCCUUUGGAAACUCCCACUUGGACAAUCCACUAGACUGGGUGCAAAUCAAGAACAGCUUCAGUCCUGGGAUAAGUAGAGAAGAGGACAGGGAAGACCUGCAGUAA